UCUCUAGUUCACAUAGAAAAAUAGACGCGCUGUUUUAAAUGUAUUUUUGAAAUUGUAAUUGUGCAAUAAACAAUAUAAUAGCACUAAAUCGAGUAUAAAAGGGUCUUUCCUUGCACCAUAAUUGUAUAAAUUUUGGCAACCGCGUAGAAAACGCGCUCUGACCCACGGAAAUCUAGGAGAUAUGGAUAACACCGAUGCGACUUCGCUAUCGGAUGCCCAUAUUGAUUAUAAAACCCCCAAGAAGACCCACUCGCUGAUCGACAGUGAGCAGUUGCUGGACAAGAUCAACAUCCUUACCACCAAACCAGAGAAUCACUCUCAAAAUGCUAAGCUUCCCACGAUCAAGGAUUUCGUUAUCAUCAAGCCUAUUAGUCGCGGAGCCUUCGGAAAGGUGUUUCUGGGCUACAAAAACAACGACUCGAAGAAGUUGUUCGCCAUUAAGGUGAUGCGCAAGUCAGAGAUGAUCAACAAGAACAUGGUGUCCCAGGUGAUCACGGAGCGAAAUGCUCUAGCUUUAUCCCGGUCGCAAUUCUGCGUUAGUCUUUUCUACUCGUUGCAAUCACUUUCCUACGUAUACCUGGUGAUGGAGUACAUGGUGGGCGGAGAUCUCAAGUCACUGUUGGCUAUGUUUGGGUAUUUUGACGAGCCCACUUCACGCUUUUAUGUUGCCGAGAUGGUGAUGGCAUUACAGUAUCUGCAUCAGCACGGAAUCGUUCACAGGGAUAUCAAACCGGACAACAUGCUCCUAUCGGCCAGUGGCCAUGUUAAGCUUACUGACUUUGGGCUAAGCAAAAUCGACAUGCGAAGAGAUCUGGAGAUAUCGGACCUUAUUAACUGCUCUCCGAAUUUGAACGCCCGCACACCGGGUCAACUUUUGUCGCUCACCUCGCACUUGUCCUUUGGCUCCGAGAAGAAGCUUCAGGACUUCGGUUCCAUCACAAAUGGACAAGCCAAUGGAAUGGGAUCUGUGGCCACGGGUACAUCCCACCUGCUGCAGGCCAUCAACAAGCAUAGUCUGAUUAUGGAGCUAUCGGACAGCGAGGGCGACACUUCAUUGAAUGAUGCGGAGAAGACGAGCGACAGCAAGAUCUCCGGAGUAUCUCCCUUCUUCUCGGCCGAGGAGGGAAAUGAAUCUAUCACCCAUACUUGCACCGCCAACAUAAAUGUGGGUAGACAAAAAAUAAUAGCCGUCAUACCCCAGGACAGUAGCUCUUCUUGCUCGUUCCAUACUUGCAACUCGGCAGACCUAAGCAAGUGCUCGCCUCCAAUUGAGCCUACUGGAGAUUCUGGAGCGGGGGCUAUCCCCAGCAAGCGACGAGUUGAAUUCGCCCUAGAUGUGGCCCCUUGCCAGGGCUGCAAGCUGGCCGAGCAGGAUAUCGAAAACGUGGCCACCAAUGGGGGCAAACAUCUGCCCAAGAUGGACAACGCAAGCGAGGCUUCGUUUGAGUUUUCCAUGGUGCGUAGGCGAUCGGUCGACGAGCGUAAUCGCAUCUCGAAGGGACAGGAAGACUCGGGCGUGUCGAGUCGCAAAGGUGACGAUUACUCCAGCUGCAAUCUGAAUCUAAACAGUGAAAGCACGGCCUCGUCGAUUGAGAAGAAUGGUGAAAAUCUGAGCCAAUCUAAGGAGGAUUUUAGCUGCUCAGACUACUCGCGCAGCUACAACAUGACCAACGGCAACGAGAUGAGCGGAAUUCACAUGAACUCGCCGUUUCGCAAUUUGUCCAAGCACUUCAAGCGUCCCGACUUUCUGCGCGGCAUGAAGCGGAAGAUCAACCUGGUCAACCGUUCCGACAACAUGUCCAGUAUGGAGGCCGAUGGCUCCAGUUCGGGUAACGGCAGUGCUAACACCGGACUAACCCAGGAAAUCGAGAUACUCAACAUUGGCAGUAGCACGCCCAAAAAACGCAAGGCCCGGUCAUCUCCUAUCCGUGGUGUGCUCAAGGUGCGCUCUUUAUCUGACGACGAGUUACCCAUGAACCAUCUGCUUGGACCGGAAGCAAAUAUGGCCAAUGUGGUGUUUUCCACACCCGUUUCCUCGCAGAAGUUGCCCCGUCGAGAUGGAGGUCUGCUGGGAAAGCUAAAGGCAACUCGGUUUGCCCUGCCAUUGUCCAUUGAAAAUAAGAAGCGUGAGCAUGCUGCCGCCGAUAAGAUGUCGGGGAUCCAGUACCAUUUAAAGCUUUCCGAUGAUCCUACUAUGUCUCCUAUUAACCAUGGAGCGGGCAACUUGCCAAAAACACCGAAAAAUGUAAACAUUAAUACUCCAUUUCGCACGCCAAAGUCAGUGCGGCGGGGGGCACGCGUAUCCAACGAACGCAUUUUGGGCACGCCCGAUUACCUGGCUCCGGAGCUACUGCUGAAGCAAGGUCACGGUCCGGCCGUUGACUGGUGGGCAUUGGGAGUAUGCUUCUAUGAGUUCAUGACCGGUAUUCCUCCCUUCAACGACGAGACGCCUCAAAAAGUAUUUGACAACAUUCUGAAUAAAAAUAUUGAAUGGCCAGAGGGCGAUGAGGCACUAUCCGUCGAUUCCAUGGAGGCUGUGGAACUGCUUCUGACUAUGGACCCAAAUGAGCGCCCGGCUGCCAAGGAGGUGCAGCAGAUGCGUCAUUUCGCAUGCAUUGACUGGGAGAAUAUAGGCAAUACAGAGCCGCCGUUUGUGCCGACACCCGAUAAUCCCACAGACACGGGCUAUUUCGAUGCGCGCAACAAUCUUCAACACUUGCAGCUGUCGAAUUUUGCCGUAGAAGACUGAGAGCCCAAGCGGAGCCCGGCUGCCUCCGUUUCAGCUCGAUCAUAACGAGCACUGUCCUAUCGUUAUUUAUAUUUUCACAUAGCAAUACCUAAGAGUAGACCUUUAAUGUUCUCUUGUUAUCGUUCGUCUAGCCCUACGUAUUUAUAUUUAGUUAAAAGUUUAUUCGAUUGUAAUAUUAAAUUUCUUGUACAUUCAUUCGAUUGUUGCUGUCAAGAUUCUCGAUGAUCCUGUUCAGCUUAAAAUUUAUAUAAAUGUACUGAUUUCAUGUUUGUUAUUGUAACUACGCUUAAACGAAUAGCUUCAAGUAUGCACCUUCGAUAUAUGUAUAUCCAAUAAAGUUAUAGUCUAAAAGAUGAAAAAUCUAAA